CGAUCUUUUUCCAUCCCUACCGUCUCAGUCAUCUCCAAAAUACGAUCUCCUGACAUCAUAAAGCCCCUCUGGAGGUGCUCACCUCAUUGGGGCUUCCCUUUCUACCAAUUCCAAUCGUCACUGAGUGUUGCAGCUUUCUCCUUUGCCUAAUCACACUAUCAUCCAGUGAUUUGAUCAGGAUUACCUUUCCAUCGACACUGCAUCAAGUAUUCGUAGAACCCGCUGGAAAUAUUUGUGUCCAUCGCUGAAAACUGUGAAGGGGGAGAAAAACCAAGUCAUCCAAAAUGGCAGACCAGGAGCCAGAAAGUCAGAUUGUACCUCUUGGCGUCGAUUGUGAUCUCGCUGUUCCAUCUUCGCCACCAAUUCCGGCCUCCAUGCUUCCCCCGAACGCAGAGAAUGGCAACUCAAGACCUCACACCGGGGAUGAAGAGCCAGAGUCACAAUUUCAUGAUCGUCAGCCUGAGAAUUACGCAUUCCUCAUAGAGGAUACACAGUUCGAGCCAGUCGAAAAAGAUACACAACUCCAUGAGAGUUGCACAUCUCAAGUAGAAGAAACACAAUUCGUGUCAAUUGAAGGAGAUACCCAAGCCUUUGACGAGACCAACUUCCCACUCGCCCAGCGAGAUUCACAAUUCCGCGAAGCAUAUACCCCAAAGCCAUCACUCAAUACAACUAUUCAACCCCCCUCGGUGAUAUCACGCCCAAACUUAGGUGGCCUUGAUGACCUAAUGGCUGGCUUCACCUAUAGCAAGGCUGACAAGCCUGAAAAGGGCAAGUUCAAUCGACCACCUCUUCCAGUUCCAACCAAGCCACAGCGGGUGGCAGAGAUGCCACCAGAUGAAGACCAGCCGACUGCUGCACCGGAGCCACCAACACCAAAAGUUGCCACAUCCGUUCACCCAUAUCUAUAUUCUCGCCCUGCAACCCUCAAUGAGCCAUCACCAGUCAACAACAUGGUGGCAUCAAACGUCAGAAUUGGUAUUGACGUAUUACCAAAUAUUACAACAGCUGCUGUUCAGCCAGAUGCAUCUUCACGCCAUACAACUCAACUUGAACCAUCGCAUGUCAAUAUUAUGGUAGGAUCAAACACCAGAACUAUCCGUAAUGUAGAUGGAAAUCGUACUCAAGAGUCACCUCAACGGGAGCCUCCUCCGCCACCGGCGACUGUUUGUGAUCCUCAGACUCCCGUUUCUGAAGCAUCAGCAGUGAGACCAGCCCAAAAAUCCUCAAAUAAGAGCCAUAAGCGAGUCAAGAAGCCAUUCCUGAAGCCAUUCCCAGAAGAAGCUGGUCCACCAAACAAUCAGCAACGGCACGGCGGUAUGACCAAUGUGCUACAAAUGGAAUCUCCUCUCAGCCAUACGAAACCAAGACCUGAAGCAAUCUCUGCUGCAGUUCACGCAAUGCCUGGUCAGAUUGGACCUUUCAGUCCUAGGAUAGAUAACAAAAAUGCUUUCCCGGCACCCGAUAACAGGCGGGCCAUAGCUCCAUUUCCCCACCCAAACUCGGCUUGGAAUACAAACGAGCAGAUGAUCUCAGCCAAUACCAGUCGGCUCCCCGAGUCCACAGCUAAUGAGUUACAACAGGGCAAGAUUGAACAGCAAUAUCACGAGCCAUUGCAAGUCACCGAGUCUGCCCAUAGCUAUUCAGAUCAUUCUGACGAGCCAAGAGUUCCUACAGAAAUCAAUGAACAACUAAACCAUGAUAAGCGCGAUCUCUGGGAACUAGCCUCCAAGCUUCCUAUCGACGAGGUUCUGCCAAAUGCCCAGGAAUUGACUCACAUUUCCGGUUCCCAAGCAGCACACACCAGCGAAGUUGGCAAUCACUAUAGUGUUUCAAUUGCCAACUGGGUCCCAUCGCGAGCUAAAUCGGAAGUUCCAUCCCGGCCUCAAUCCCGACGCAGCAACUGUGGGAAGCCCAUGACGAGACCAAUCCCCACUCAAGACUUGCGUCCUCAAGGUGUUCUUGAACCCAUUACACAGCGAGGGACUCGUUUGUCAAAGGUUAAGAAGUCCAGUAAUACACCAAACAACCCUAUUCACUCAGAAGCUCCGGAAAAGGCCAUGACCUCUGGACAAAGACAACAAAAGUCCCGCCCUUCGCUGAAGUUUUUCGAAGACUACAAGAACUUUCUUGCGAAUGGCCAGGAGAUGCUCGAGAACAUGAAAGACUAUGAGCAACAAAGCCAACUUUUAGAGGCCCAAAAGACUGAGAUCAAGAAACUCCGAAAUGCCAGCGAUUCCGCCAUCAAACAAGUCCAGGCACUAGAAUCAGAGAAAGCUGAUUUGACCGACAAGCUUAAGAAGUUUGCUGAACUUAGUUCCAAGUACAAGAAGCACAUGAAUGAUGUUGUCAAAGCUCAAAAAUAUCUCAAGAGUCAGGCGAACGAGAUCCAAAAGAGUGCGAACGAGGCAAUAGAGAGUACUAAGCAAGCCGCGGAGACCCGUGCUGCCACCGAGGCCGCUCUGCAGAAGAUUGAAAUCGUGGUCAAGGAUGCGAAGAGCUUCCGAGUGCCCGCGGAGAGUUAUGCCCAUGCAUCCAAGCAGAACCGAGACCUUGAGGCCGGAAACCAACAGCUUCGGGAAGAAACCCAAAAGUUACGGGAUGGAACCCAAAAGCUUCGAGAUGAAAACGAUAAGCUGAGACAGAAUAACGCCAAGCUACAAUUCGAUUUUGGCGCAGCCACGAAGAACUGUGAAUUAGCUGAAGCUACUAUCGAAAAGAGAUUAAUGGAAUUGGCUCAAGCAAAGUAUCAAGUUGAACUGCUCGAGAAAUAUCGAGGUGAUUCGCAAGAUUCACAUAAAGUACUCGUGGAGCUCUUGAAAAAGACACCCAAAGAAGUAGCCGACGAACUUUCAAAGGAGAAUGGCCCUUUAACAAAGAUCUUGGACUUAGGGAAAGCAACUCAAGCCAGAGUUGACGAAGUAGCGAUUCUGGGCAGCGGUUUCAAAAACCAAGAGGCAGAACCUUCCGCUUCUCUGAUCAAACUGAUUGAAGACCUGUUCUCGAGAUUAGAAACUUCCAUGCAAGCUUCCAACAACGGUGCAGCAACUCAACAGGAACCGAAUAUCAAGCUCCUGGACGAUUUCAAGACAACGGUCAACCAACUACGUCUCGACAAGGAAAGUGAGCUACGACUUAACAACCGGAUUUUCGAGCUCGGUCAGUCGAAUGAUACCUUGGUUGUUGAGAAAAAUGCUCGAGAGCGUGAGAUACAAGGACUCGCAAACCAAGUUGACGAGCUCAAACGAGAUCUUGCUGACACUCGUGGUCAAUUGAACUCCAAGAAUGACGAGCUUGCAACAGCUUUAGCGGUUCCCAAGGAAGAUCCUAGAUUGAGAGCUCAGAUUCAAGAUCUGGAGACAGCGAAUAACAUUGUUAUCGGCAAAUUUGAAAGCUCCAAUCAAGAGCAAGCUAAGCUAAAGGAAGAAUUGGGUUCAUUCCAAGAAUUGGUACGCGGCAAAGACCAGAAAAUCAAGGACUGGGAACAAAAACUGAAUGACACUCAAUCCCGGAUCAGAAAUUUGCAGGAAGAAAAAACCAAGUACUUAGCCAACAAACAGCAAGAGAUCGAAAGGGCCUGCUCUGAAGAGCGCCAGAGGAUCGCGAAGGCUGCAGAAGCAUCGAAGGUAACAAUGAAGAUGAAGCUUGAGUCAGAAAUCAAUCACCUCGAGCAAAAUGUUAAGGAGAAGGAUGCCGAGCUAGCACUUGCGAAGGAGGAGUUGCAUAAAGUUCAAGACGAGAGCGGUACCUACGUAAACACCGCUAACAAACUUCAACGGGAGUUGGCUCUCUACAAGGAGCAAUUUGUUCAGCAAAUUGCCCAUCUCAAGCGCUUCGAGGAACAAAAUCCAGGUCAGGAGGACUCCGACAGACUUGCAAACAAUCUUCAAAGUGUCCGCAACGAGUGCGCGGAGCUUCGGAACCAUUUGGAGUCCAUUAGAAGCGACCAUAGCCAAAACUUCGAGGCAGCACUGAGAGGUCAACAAGCUAUCGAGGGAAAUCUGCGUCAGAUCGACGCGCUCGAGAACGAGAAUGAGAGGUUGAAGGAGAGAAAUGCCGAAUUACAGAAGCGGGUCGAGGGCUUAAACGACGCAUACAAUCAGCAAAAGGCUCUUCAGGCUGGAUACCGAGGUGACCAACUAACACCUUCUGAGCUCAAGGAUAUUGCAUUCGCAAUACCACAGGGAAAGCUUCGCCUGAGUCGGCAGACUCAGGAUCACAGGCCUUCAUCAACACACGCCCAUAGCUUAGAGUCUGGUUCGACUCUGAAGAACCACAGAGUGCUAGACGGUCACAGAGUUGAAACUCCUGAGGAGGCUCUACGCAAGGCUGCGAAAGGCAUUGGGUCACAUAACCUUGGGUCUGGUUCUCAAGUCGGAAAUGUUGCCCAGACUUCCUCAGAAAAAGUAGCCAACUAUGUUGAAACACCGCAGAUUCGAAAUCAAGAGGUUCUCAAUGAGCGAAGCACCAACUUCAACACCCCCAAUGCUGAUGGGCGCUCUAUGCCUCAUGCACAGCGCCAGGGCUCAGGCGCACGUCCAUUGAAAGUCGCAGGCCGCAAGCAUGGAAGAUUCAGUCAGAGCAACGGGACAGGAGCUGUACCACAUCAUUUGAAUCCUACAGACCCGCCUGCUCAAAGUUUUCAAGAAGCAUAUACUGGUAGCUCCUGUUUUGCUGAUGCCACCGACAUUCAGGGCUCGUCGGGCAUUAAGCCAUUCACAACCCUGGCCUCAAGCAUUCCGACACCAAGCCCUUUCACCGAUCUAUCAUCAAUGAUGGACCACUUAGAAUCUACGCCGGAUCAAGAACAACUCCAGGAGGGAUACGCAAAGGCCAGAGGAAAGAAAGGCAGCAUGGCAAGUGAUAACGUUGCGGGGACUGGGGUACUUCAAACUUUUGUACAGCGCACAAUGCGCUCCUUGGAGGAGCGUGAUGUCGAGUUGGAUGCCGUUCACAAGUCUCAAGUUCGCGUGAAGCCUCCAUCGGCUGCAGAAGAAGCUCUCCGGCGACGCACAGUGCAGCCUUGCAAGCCCGCACUCAGGAAGCCGACGCUGAGCAACGACACUGUGUCUUCGUCUGAGCCCAGACCAGUUACUAUCACCGAGCCAUCCAAGAUUUCUACUCAUGCGGGAAGCAAGGCCGCGUCCCAAAUCCAGAACGGGCAUCGUGGAUCCUACAACAGAGCUGUGAGUGGUGGCAAACCACAGACACCAAAGACUAAGAACCCAUCCGCGGCGAGGGAGUCCACUCAGGGAACCUCAAAUGGCGAAAAGGAUUCUCCGAACAUUCCUCCAGUGAAGAGAAACAGUCUCAAGAGGUCAGGAUCAUCAACUGCACAAACCCAAGCCGCACCAAAGCGAGUUCGAACUUCGAGGGGAAGCUCAAUGGCCGGCCAGGUUGAGGUUCCGGAUUCUCAAGGAACGCAGACUUUCUGAGUAUCUGUACCAAACGACAGACUGCCAUCAAUCAUCGUGCUCUCUUCAGCGCGACAAGGAUAAGGAAUACCAAGCAUCACUUUUCGUUGUGGCUCACUUGAGCUUUCUAUUUGCGCCAUGGGCUAUUUGCCGAGAAUUUUGUUGAAGCAGAAUCGUAUUGCUCGAAAUGGCUUAUGAGACGUCAGGCUUGACGAUGAAGCCAAGUAUCGAAAAUUGGUAGACUUGCUUGCGGAGAUGAAUGUUAAUUUU